AUGCCACCUAGGGCAGUAACAUUCCUGAUCUUUGCUUUCUUUAUCCACGUAACGCAUGCCCCCUCCCCCUUUGCCCCCUCCUUCCCUUGUCGUUCGAUAGACGCUCGGCAAGCUCAAGGGUUCCUCUCCUUCUUCCGCUCGCUUCCACCCGCACCGCACACGAUCCGCUUCUUCGACCGUCGCGACUACUACACUGUGCACGGCCUCGCAGCGCUUUUCGUCGCGCGCGUAUUCUACAAGACGCUCUCCGCCGUGCGCUACCUCUCCGCGGGCGGAGCAAGCGCGGCAGGAAGUUCCGCGGGCGCCAACGAUUCCGCGGCACUCCCCAGCGUGAGCGUCAACCGCAGCAUGUUCGAGUCGAUCCUCCGCCACUUGCUGCUAGAGGAAGGCGGAGGCGGAGCGGGGGGAACAGGCGCGGAGGGUGGCGGCGGAGACGGCGGGGGUAACAGCGGCGGUUCCGGCACGGGCGGCGGUGGCGGGUAUUCGACUGUGGAGCUAUACGAAGGCGGCGGCUCUAGCUGGCGGCUCGCGCGGGCCGCGACGCCGGGGCGGCUGACGGCCUUCGAGGACGUGCUGUUCGCGACGCGCGACAUGGGCGACUCGCCGACUGUGUGCGCCGUGAUCGUCGCCACGAGCGGCGGCGGCGGCGGCGGAGUAGGCGGCGCGAAGGACGGCGAGCGGCGUGUGGGGCUGGCGUUCGUGGAUCUGACGAAGCGCGCGUUAGGAAUGACGGAUUUUCUGGACGACGAGCAGUACACGUGUCUGGAAUCCGCGCUCGUCGCGCUGAGCUGUCGCGAGUGCGUGGUUCCGCAGGAGGGGGGCGGGGGAAGCGGAGGGGGAGGCGGAGGCGGGGGAGCGGAUAAGAAGGGGGCCAAGUCGCUCGAGGUGCGAAGAUUAAGAGACGUGAUGUCGCGGUGCAACGUGCUUAUAGUUGAGCGGAAACGGGCGGAGUUUAAGCCGCGCGACGUGGAGCAAGACCUGGGGAGGCUUUUACGAGGGGCGAGCGGCGCAGGGGGAAGGGGCGCAGGCGGAGGCGGAGGGGGAAGCGGAGGGAGGAUGACGGGAGCAGCAGGAGUAGGGGGUCGAGGGGGAGGAGGCCAGAAGGUUACUGUAGACUCUGAAAUCGCGGGGGCUGCGAUGGCUGCUGUACUCGCUUAUGCUGAUCUGUUAGCAGACGAUAGUAUCUACGGUCGGUACACUCUCCUUCCUUACAGCCUCCACACCCACAUGCGCCUCGACGCGACCGCCCUCCGCGCCCUCAACGUCACCGAAUCCAAAACGGACGGAAAUAGAAACUUUUCCUUAAUGGGACUGAUGAACCGCACGUGCACUGCGGGCAUGGGGAAACGGUUACUAAACCGGUGGUUGAAGCAGCCGUUAGUGGAUGAGGAGGAGAUUAAGUUUCGGUUGGAUGUGGUGCAGUCGUUUGUAGAGAGUGGCGGGAUGAGGCAGGAGGUGCGGGGGCAUCUGAGACGCAUGCCGGAUAUAGAAAGGCUGACUAGGCGGCUCGAGAUGCGGCGAGCUGGGCUGCAGGACGUGGUUAAGCUGUACCAGGCCAGCAUUCGCCUUCCAUUCAUCCGAGAGGUGCUUGAAACCCACGGAGGCUCGUUCCGCCCGAUGCUGCACGAGAGGUUUGGCGCGAGCCUGCUCGAGUGGUGCGGGGCGGAGCACUUAGCUAAGUACGAGGGUCUGGUGGAAGCAGCAGUAGACUUAGACGCUCUGCAGUCAAACGGAGAGUAUUUAAUAGCUCCAGGUUAUGACCCAAGCCUAGGGGAGAUUAAAGAGGAGAGGGAGGGGGUUGAAGUCGAAGUGCAGAGAGCAUUGCAGCAAGCAGCAAACGAUUUAGGCCUCAUAGUGGAUAAGACGAUUAAAUUAGAUAAGACGGCGCAGGCGGGGUAUUGCUACAGGAUAACGAAGAAAGAGGAGACGAACGUCAGGAAGAAGCUGAAUUCGUCGUAUGUGACUCUUGAGACCAGGAAGGACGGAGUCAAGUUCACGAAUGCGAAGCUCCGGAGGCUGAGCGAGCGCCACGUGGCGCUCACGGAUUCGUACAUGGCGGCUCAGCGGGAGCUCGUUGCAAAGGUGGUGGAAGUGGCACAGACGUUCUUGGAGGUGUUUGAGGGCGUGGCAGCACUGAUCGCUGAAAUGGACGUGCUACAGGGUUUUGCCGAGCUUGCAGCUUCGGCUCCCACUCCCUACAUCCGACCCUCCAUCUCAGGCCCGGAGGAGGGCGAUCUAGUGUUGGAGGACAGCCGGCACCCAUGUGUGGAGGUGCAGGAUGACGUCAGCUUCAUUCCCAACCACUGCCGCCUGGAGAGGGGUCGCAGCUGGUUUCAAAUCAUCACCGGGCCCAACAUGGGCGGCAAGUCAACGUUUAUACGCCAGGUGGGAGUGGUGGUGCUGAUGGCACAGGUGGGGUGCUUCGUGCCUUGCUCCCGCGCACACGUGAGCAUACGAGAUGCCAUCUUUGCCCGCGUGGGCGCUGGCGAUUGCCAGCUGAGGGGAGUGAGCACCUUCAUGGCGGAGAUGCUCGAGACAGCCGCCAUCCUGCAUGCCGCCACGCCGCACUCGCUGGUGAUCAUUGACGAGCUGGGAAGGGGAACGUCGACGUACGAUGGCUUUGGUCUCGCGUGGGCUAUCUGUGAGCAUCUAGUGGAUGAGACUAGAGCGCCCACACUCUUCGCCACGCACUUUCACGAGCUCACGGCUCUCGAAACCCGAGAUGCUUCCUGUGGUGUUGCCAACUUCCACGUCAGCGCGCACAUUGAUGAAGCUUCCAGGAAGCUCACCAUGCUUUACAAGGUGCAACCAGGCCCGUGUGAUCAGAGCUUUGGCAUCCACGUGGCAGAGUUUGCACACUUCCCUCCCGAAGUGGUGGCCAUGGCACGAGCCAAGGCACAGGAGCUCGAAGACUUUGCCCCUCCUGCUGCUCAUGGUGCUGAUGCUGGCGUUGGUGCGGCUGCUGGUGCUGGUGCUGCUGCUGCUGGUGGUGCUGGUGGGGAUAAGCGUAAGAGGGAUGGAGGGGAGGAGCAGAGGGAGGGAGUGGGGCGAGCACGGCAAUUCCUUCGGGAGUUCGCAUCGCUGCCUCUCGACAAAAUGACUGCAGAGGAGGCACUGAGGGCUGUAGCCGCGCAGGUGAAGGCUUUGGAGGGGGAUGCAGAGGGGAACGAUCACGAGCAUAUCGACACCUUUUCUGCCAAGCUGCUGGGAGCGAACGAGGUUCCCAAGAACGACUCUCAAGCCGCAAAGAACGCCGUCGGCGACCAUCGCGGCGUCGUCUACAUGAAGCUGAACAUCUACAUGGAUGACGACAAGCCCAAGUGGGUCAAGUACACGGUGAAAACCUCCCGGCUGAAAGGAGAGAUGCCGCCGACCAAGACGCACGUGCACAAGGGGGAGAAGGGGAAGAACGACGCCGUCCUUCUUGACCUGCCGUGCCAGUACGAGAAGAAGGGCGGCGAGCAGUGGCGAUGCGAGGGCUCCCUCGGGAAGAACAAGGAAGAUCGGUCGGAUACCCUGCUGUCGGCUCUUAAGGAGAUUGUUAAGAAACCCAGUGCGCAUUACGGUAACAUUCAUACUAAGCGGUACCCUGAUGGCGCCGUGCGUGGUCAGUUCUCAAAGGAGUAG